AUGGUUGCUACCGGGUUACCAGAAGGCUGGACUAUCAGAAAGAGUCGUUCCCACAAUAGAGAGUAUUUUUUCAAAGAAGCUACAAAAGAAUCAGUAUGGGAUCCUCCAGCAGGUACUGAUCUUGAACAAUUGAAGAAAUAUAUGAAUCAACCAUCAAAAGUCAGAGCCAGUCAUCUUCUAAUCAAACAUAGCGGAUCAAGACGUCCAGCUUCAUGGAAAUCUGAAAACAUUACAAGAUCAAAAGAGGAAGCCAUUGAGAUUCUUCAAAAACAUCAACAAGCUAUUAAAAACGGUGAAAAGACACUUGGAGAGAUUGCACAGACUGAAAGUGAUUGUUCCUCCCAUAAGCGUGGAGGUGAUUUAGGCUUUUUCGAAAGAGGUGCUAUGCAACCACCGUUCGAGAAGGCUACUUUUGAUCUUGAGAUUGGGCAAAUCAGUGACAUUGUGGAAACGGACAGUGGAGUCCAUUUGAUUGAGAGAACAGGAUGA